CCUCAUCAGAUAGAAUCAGCAACCAAGGAAAAUCCAUCGUGUCAUCAUCUCGUCUUGUUCUCGAUCUAGUCAUCCGUGUAUCCUUUGAAAGAAUAGGUCUAGAAGAAACAACAGCGCUGCCAAGUUUACAAAUAGAUUUACAAAUAGAUCCACCGCACCAAAGAAGCCAGAACUAGAAUCAAUCGGAAUGUACGCAGAAAGGAGGAUGACUGCCACGACCAGAGCAUCGCUCGUGGCGCUGCUGUCUCUGGUAUGGACCUCCCGAUUGCACCGGCCGUGCGAGGGCUUUGUCCCGGCCGGUCGGAAUGGGGUUGCGACUAGGUCGAGGCUUUACGUGAUAUCCUCUCCCCCGCCGCCACCAGCGGGUUCGUCUUCCAGAACAAGCGACGACGAGGACGAGAACGAACACGGGGCUCUCUUCACGCUCGACGAGUCCUCCGCCGGGGAUUUCUUUCAGGUGGACGAGGAGAAAGAAGCACUCCCACCGAUGUCCGAUCGCCCGCUCCCGGAAUACACCAACACGCCAGAGCCCAUCCAGGAAGCCGGUGGUAUCGCUGCCGAGGACGAGGACGACCUGUCGUUCUUUUAUCGAGACGAAGACGAUAUGCUCACGGAACGCGAGGAUCGAUUGUACACCGACGAAAAGGGGAUCCGGCGAGAGAUCGAGAAAUGCAUCCUCGUCGGCGUAGAAGACCUGGCGGCGCAGCGCCGGGCCAAAAAGGCAGAACUGUACUACGACCCGCUGGACUCUGGAGCCGAGGCACCCAUUUUUUCUCUCGAAGAAAGCAUGAUCGAAAUGAGAGAACUGGUCCGGACAGCGGGAAUGAGCCUCGAGGGGGAAAUCGUCCAGAGACAAAAAGAAGUCAACCCAAAAACCUACAUCGGAUCCGGAAAGGUCGAGGAGGCCCGGGCGCUCAUGGACGAACACGAUGCCUGCACCAUCGUGUUCGAUGCGGAACUGAGCCCCGGCCAGCAAAAGACGCUGGAAAAAAUCUUCAACCGAAACGCGCUGCAGAACGAUUUCCUAGGGGAGGACCAGGAAAUCAAGGUCGUUGACCGCACGGCACUCAUUCUAGAUAUCUUUGCGCAACACGCCAAGACGAGGGAGGGAAAGCUGCAGGUCGACCUGGCGCUGCACGAAUUCCGAAAGCCACGACUCACAAAAAUGUGGACCCACUUGGAGCGCCAGUCCGGUGCGGGAGGGGUUGGUUUGCGGGGUCCCGGUGAGUCACAGCUAGAAAUCGAUCGACGUCUUGUUCGGGAUCGCAUCAUCGUGCUCAAGAAAAAGAUCGACGACAUCCAAAAACAGAGAUCGAUUCAUCGACGGGGCCGACAACGAACGGGACUUCCGCUCUUGUCGCUUGUCGGGUAUACAAACGCCGGAAAGUCCAGUGUUCUCAACAGUCUGACAAGGGCGGGUGUGAUGGCAGAAAGCAUGCUGUUUGCAACGCUGGAUCCAACUACGCGCAAAGUCAAGCUUCCGGGCGAGUCCGCCCACCCGGAAUUCCUCUUGACCGACACCGUAGGAUUUAUCCAAAAGCUUCCGACAAACCUUGUCGCGGCGUUUAGGGCCACCUUGGAAGAAGUAGAAAUGGCCGAUGUCCUAGUGCACGUCAUCGACGUGGCCAAUCCGUCUUGGGAAAAACAGGAGCGGGCGGUUCGUUCCGUUUUGUCCGAGAUGGGCGUGGGAGACAAGCCCGUCGUAAGGGUCUUGAACAAGAUCGAUCUCCUGGACGAGGAUGAGGCCGAAAUGCUAACAUACGAGGCGGCUUUUUCGGAUGAUACGGUGGCCGUGUCGGCUCUGACGGGCGAGGGGAUGGAAGAUUUUGUUGUGGCCGUAGAGGAAUCCCUGAAUUCGCUUCUGGCUCCGAUCGAGCUCGUAAUUCCUUACAACAAGGGACAGGAGCUGAGCAUCAUUCACGAACAAGGAGUUGUGGAGACAAUAGAUUACCGUCCCGAGGGAACCUAUGUGCUCGGCAGAGCUCCUCCCGCCGUUGCGAACCGAUUGCAGAUGUACAGCAUGGCAGACAGCGCGACCGGAGACGACACGCAGCAAUCUACGAAUACGAAAGCAACAGCGGACACCGACGACGAAAUCGAUUGGGUCGCUCUGGGUCGUGGACGUCACGGUCAAGACUAAGAAUAUUAGAGAGGCUAAGUAGCUAAAACAAUAUAAUAUCAGUAAACUA